AUGUCGGCCGGCUACUCUGCAGAGACUGAGCACAUACCAGGCGCAAGGCUACGGACGAAUCAAAUUCCCACCACCUGUCCGUUUGAUGAGGAUGAGAUAUCUCGCGCAUGGGAGCGUUGCUCCGACACAGUCCAGCAGCAUUGUGACCAGAUGGUAUCGAGAUGGAAGGAAGGAAUUGACAUGCACCUUGUCUUCAACGGCUUAUUCUCUGCUGUGCUUACAGCUUUCAACGUUCAAUCUUUCACAAUCAACGGCACAAGUAUCAGCUCUACCGCAGCAACCUUUGUCUCUCCAUCGUUCUCCGCGCCUGUAUCAGCAAUUUGGAUCAACGCUCUCUGGUUCGCAUCGCUAAUCGGCACGCUCUCCGCUUCCUCCGUAGCUAUCAUGGUCAAGCAAUGGCUACACCAAUACGACCUAGGACUAUCGGGCAACUCCCAUGAAAUCGCCCGCCUGCGACAAUAUCGUUACGAGUCCCUCGUGAAGUGGCAUGUCGUGGAGAUAGUUGCCUUCCUCCCAAUCAUUCCUCAGGUCUCUCUCCUCUUGUUCCUGGCCGGCCUCCUCAUCCUCCUGUGGACUCUUCAUAUCGUCAUCGCAGGGCUUGCUACAGGGCUCAUCGGAGUCCUAGUCCUGUUCACCGUCGCUACAACUAUACUUCCCGCCUUCAAGGCGGAUUGCUUCUAUCAAUCACAGCUGGCUCUCGGUGUCUUCCUCAGCUUGCAGGCUCUCCGCGAAGUCUUCCGAAAGCCCCGGUUCGGACCUAACGUCUUCCGCAACUGGCAUGCCCGCGAGAAGUCCGAGAUACAGACUAAACGCUCUGAUCUCGACCGCCGUCUAGCCACUACAGCAUAUGCCAUCUCCCUGGAUGACCACAUAUUGAACGAGGUCGUCAUCCCUUGUAUGUGGGAUUUGCCAUCUGAGCGCCUCUCGCCGCUUCUCGACGACGUCUAUCGUACCUCCAAUAGAUGGGAACCUUUGGUCCCAUGUGCACUUCACUUCAUCCUUCUGGUGGCCAGAGACCCGGGGACCAACACUAGCACUGUUACAAAGCUACUUUCAAGUAAGUGGUGGCCGCGCAUAGAGCCGACGUCCGACCUCGGAGCGCUCUUCUUGAAGACGAUGGCGACGCUCGUUUCGCGGGGAGUGGAAGCGGAGGCAGCGUUCUAUCGGGUCUGUCGCACGCUCUCUUAUUCCGCUCUUGAUGGGGGAACGCGACUCAGACAAGAAGUCAUAGAGCAUCUUGUCUCAAUUCUUCCCAACCCCAAGAGCGGGAGGCAAUUCGCUGCUCUCAUCCGUCGUAAGGACCCAGAAGGUCUACCAUUGAUUCACUCUUACCUCCUGACGAUGCCUAUGCUUGUGCGGUACCUUGCGCGACUGGUCGUCGACUCUCCUCACGAGACUGAACGCGUCCAACUUCACAUCGAUGCCAUGUUUCACACCCUCCAAGCCUUUCUAAUGCACAUUGCAUGGACACAGGAUCUUUCCAAUCUCAGCACGGCUCUUUGGGCACUCCGCCGGACUCGACACAUCGCGCAAAUAGUCGCUUUGAAGACGGACGCCUACUGCUCCCCCCUCGUACCUCGAGAUAUCGUCGAGACUUACCAGGAUGUCUUGUCGAACAUCAACUCGGUAGUAUCUGGAAAGGUGUUCCAGAUGCACUUCAAGCGUCAUUUGGACCGGUUCACUACUGCGAACCUGGGUAGUAAGGACGCAUCGGAGCUUGCGACCAUGCUGCAGGACGACAUUGAUGUGCUGGCGAAGCUUUUUCAGAUCGACCCAUUCCACUUGACAGGUAGGGGACGAUUGCAGAACACCAACGACUCAGCUAUGCAAUUGCCCAAGACUCCGCCUCGCUAUACUUCGCAGCGGUUCGUUUCCUCGCAGCAUACUUCCGAGAAGUUUGUCGUGACAUCUCGGCAAGCAAGUGACGAUGUGGGGCCGAAGCCACUCGACGAUCCCGCGAACCGACGACCCGUGACGACGACCGACCCGACGACGACCGACCCGACGACGACCCCGUGCACCCCGACGACCCCGUAA